UUAAGCAACACUUUUCUUACGUGGGGGUUUCGGGUGUUAUAUCUACUACUACGUCGCUCUUUACGCCCAUUUUUUUUUGCGGCAAUUUGCGACUGCUUUAUGGCAGCACGAUAAACCGCCUGACGGCAUCUGCCCUCUAACUUCCUCAGUGACGUUGAACAACUGACUUUCUAACAUAUAAAUGUAAAUUAAAUCUCUUUAAAACGUAGGGGCCAUCACGAGCUGUGGACGAAUAACAAUCGGCGGCGACUAAAAAGCGGAAGUACUACCAUGCAUCAGACUCCUGCAGAUGUCUGAUGUGGAGAUGUCUUAAGAGCGAAACAAUGGGAGAGGAGGUCAAUCUGCAGAGAAUCUGGAGGUGGGAGAGGUUUCUACACCCGGGCCUGGCCACGUGCAGUGACACCGCCGUGACGUGCACAGGACCUCCUUUUGGAAUGAGUUGAUUUUAUUUAAUUCGAUUUUUUUGUUGCCACACUGACACUCAGCUGAAGGCAAGGCUUUCCAAGCAUCCACCAUGGACUUGGCUGGAGUUGUGUUCAAGUGUUCAGGCAAGAUUCUGCCUUAUUUUUUUAAACUUUAAAGGACGCCAUCUGGAGUUUUUUUUUUUUUACUAUAAAGGAAAAAAAAAGUGAAAUUUUUGUUGUUAUAUCCGGCUGCUGGACAGUGUGCAGCCAUCAGCCAUCCUCAGCUUCUUCCACCCACCCAGUGCCUAAAUAAGCCCCCUCGGGACAAUCACAGAAGUCAUCAGCAGCUGCUGCGCUCAAUCCCCUGCCUGGUUUUCCUAGAUGUACUUCUGCUGUCAGCCUGCUGGCCUUCAUCCACUAAAUCUUUCAUUUUCUACUCCCUUACAUUCAGAUUGAUUUUGUUCCCCCCCCCCCCCCCCAAGCCAGAUAAUCAAACUCGAGCUCAGCGAUUAGAAUUCGUUAGAGUUUGAAGGGUUUCACAGAACUCUUGUUUUAGAGUGUGCGGUAUUGCUACAUACAAGUAACAUUAGACCUAAUUACAGUCUUGCACCAAAUAGAGUACCAUUGAAGCCAUACAAAAAUAUAUAUGAAUUUCCUACACGUAUUUUUCUAUGACAUUGCUCCUGCUUUUUUACACAUAAAUUAUAAUUCAGCACAGAAAAUGUUUAUAUUUAUGCAAGUAGAAGUGUAAAAUUGCUAUGUGAGUUUAAAAAAAGAUAUUUGAGUGAAUAUUGUCGUGCUGGGAAGUGGUUGGCGACUAUUUCCAUUCAUAUGCUGCUUUCCUUAGUGCUUAUUUUUUUACAUCCUCGUAUCAUGCCCCCUCCCCAAAAGACACCUAAGUCACUUUGACUCCAUAGAACAGCCUUUAAAACAGGUAGACUGUAGAAAUCUACCUCUCUCGCGCACUCUUGGGCUUUUUCCUCCCUUUACUCUGUCUCCGAUGCCGGGCUUCAGCACUGGGGGCGUCGGGGGAGGAGUGGGUGGCCAAGUUUCUGCUCCUCCCCGCCCUUUCCGACCCAGCCGAUAUGUCCCGGUGUCUGCGGCCACCACCUUCCUCGUCGGAUCCACCUCCCUCUUCUUCUGCUUCACCUGCCCGUGGUUGUCUGACUAUUUGUCCUCCGUCGUUCCCGUCUACAUCGCCGUGAUCUUCCUCUUCACCCUGGCCAACUUCUGCAUGGCCACCUUCAUGGAUCCUGGAGUCUUCCCCCGAGCGGAGGAGGACGAGGACAAAGAGGACGACUUCCGCGCUCCCCUCUACAAGACGGUGGAGAUCAAGGGCAUCCAGGUGCGCAUGAAGUGGUGCUCCACCUGCCGCUUCUACCGACCCCCCCGCUGCUCGCAUUGCUCAGUGUGCGACAACUGUGUGGAGGACUUUGACCACCACUGCCCCUGGGUCAACAACUGCAUCGGACGGCGCAACUAUCGCUACUUCUUCCUCUUCCUGCUGUCACUCACCACCCACAUCGUGGACGUGUUUGGCUUCGGCCUCGUCUAUGUGCUGCACCAUCGCCAGCAACUGGACACGCCGCACGCCAUCGUGACAAUGGUCGUGAUGUGUGUUGCUGGCAUGUUUUUCGUCCCAGUCGCUGGCCUGACUGGGUUCCAUAUUGUCCUUGUGGCGCGAGGUCGGACCACAAACGAGCAGGUGACGGGAAAGUUCCGUGGAGGCGUGAAUCCCUUCACCAACGGCUGCGUGAGGAAUAUUUCCCAUGUACUUUGCAGCUCGCUGGCACCCAGAUACACGGGUCGCUACCGCAAGCCUCAGACUUUGGAAAUACAGCCCCCCUUCCUCAGGCCGGCUCUGACCGAGGCCCAGCUCGAAGCCAAGGUGCUGGACAACGGCAUCCAGAACGACAGGCACAGCACGAGAUCAAAGAGCAGCUUAGAUCAGAUGGAGAGCCAGUCGGCCGACACCGAGCCUCCUCCGCCGCCUCCCCCGAAGCCGGAGCUUCGCUACCCGGGGCUGCCUCGUGCUGACACCGAGGAAAGCAGCCUGCUGACAGAAGGCGUGCCCACGCAGCCCACGUACAAGUACCGGCCCGCGUACAGCAGCCCAGGAAGGAACCACAGUGCCCACUCGCACGCCGCCAAGGUGAUCCGCGGCGAGAGUCUCGACUCUCCGUCUCCCUCUAUUCUCCACUCCAGCCGCCAUCCCAGUUACCGUUCGGAACCAAGCCGACUGGACGGGACCACCGUGGCGGUGGGGGGCGGUCCCGGGGCAUUCAGAGGGGGAGGGGAGAGGGGCGAGGGCAGGACGGUGGGCGCUGCGUCGGGGGGCAUGUCGGGUUACUCCCUGACCGGGCGCUCCCACACGUCGUACCCGUCCUCUCUGGUCCUGUCCACCGGGGGCUCCCACUCCUCCAGCCUGCGCUCGGCCCACAUGGCGCACAACCCCCUGGCCACCCUCCAGUCGGAAGGCACCACAGACACCAGCUACAAAAGCCUGGCCAAUCAGACGCCUCGCAACGGCAGUCUGUCCUACGACAGCCUGCUCACGCCUUCCGAUAGCCCGGAGUUCGAGUCGGCGGCCCACGAGCUGUCGCCGCAGAAGCCCCGCGCUCUGUUGCCCUCGGCGACCGCCGCCGUCGUCAGAGGCCAGCCCGACACGGGGGCCCCCGCCUCGCCGCUGCAGGGCUACACGUCACCCUUCCUCUCGGCGCAGAUCACCCAGCAGAGGGAGGGCCAUCUGCUCCAGGGCGCCGCCACUUUCUCCUCCCCGCACAGGGCCUACCUGCGCGCCGUCAGCCCGCCCCCUCCCUCCGGCCCCCCAGAGGCCCUGCACCUGCUCCAGUAUAACCACGACUCCUCCUCCUCCUCCAGAGCCCCCCGUAACUCUGUCUCCUCAUCCUCCUCUCCGGGGGCUCGCUCGCCCGAGCCGCCCGUCUCGCCGCCCCCGCGCGGCCUCUCGCUGGGCAAGUCCCAGUCUUACACUGGGGAGGCGGGGCCCCAGCACAAGCCUCGGGUCACGGCGGCACCGGGAGGGGGAGGAGCCGCAGGAGCCGGAGGAGGGCUUCAGGCUCCACAGUUGUCCUCGCGCACAAUCUUGGCCAAUCACACCACAGCCAAGCCAGGGGGCGGAGUGAAGAAGGUGACCGGCGUGGGCGGGACCACUUAUGAGAUAUCGGUUUGAGCGGCGGGCCCCGGGCAGCGUCUCCUCGUCUUUUUUUUUUUCUUCUCUCUGCUGGAUGUUAUUUGUGACUGCGGAGCCAGACCCGACUGCCUGGUACCGACCCCCCCCCCCCCCCCCCCCUUUUUUUUUUUUGGACUUUCCCCCCCUCCCCCAGCAAGACAAAGGAAAAACUCUCGGACGUGGUCUUUGUGACCCACAGACUGUCGGCAGGUAAGAGACAGCCCGUCUCCUGCUGUGGACCAACACCACCCGUCGAGUCAUUGAACGCAUCACCCCACCCACUCCAAUACAGUACCGUUUUACUUUUAUAAGUUUUUAAAUAUUCUUUUAUAUCAACGUGUACAAUCGUGCUGAUUCAUUCUUGGGUCCUGUCAGGCAUGGAUGACGACUAUCAGCGAGGGUGGCAGGCGAACCAUGUGGCGUUUCCGUUUCUUGGUUCACGGCCCGUUUUGUAAUGGACGGCUGCAUCAGCCGCUCGUGUCGGGAAAUCGUGUGUGAUUCUCUCGUCUGACGUGGCAAAUAAUCCCGCUUUUAUUUUCCUAAGCCGCAGAGAAACAGGAAAGAGGAGCGCAUCUUGGCUGAAUGUACACGUGUAAUGUUUUAGUGCUGGAGGCGUUAUGCAAAAUCACUUGUGUAGCUUUAAGAUCAUUGUCUGUUUUGGGUUUUUUUGUUGUUGUUUUUUUUUUUUUCUCAACGGAUGACCAGCCAAUUAGGGGCAGCGAGGGAUGGGCUUAUUUAUUUCACCUUCCACACAAAAAAGUAGAUCCGAGGAAACAUUUCAAACCAGUCUCUACGAGCUGUUGGCUGUUUUUAAAAGAACGACUCGACUCCUUGUGGUUUUUCAUGUUUUAGGGACUGGUUUGCGAUACAAGUCUUGAUGUUUUUCUUCUUUCCUUUAGAGCUUUUAUAGUAAAGCAGGCACAUUUUUGCCCCCCGCCCACUCCCACUUUCCUGGCAUAUUGUGUAUAGCAGGUCUGAUUUGUCACAUCCGCUUCUAAAGGUACAAGUGACUUUCUUCGAAGCCCUCAGCCAUGUUAAGCAGGAAUGCGUCGUUUUCACGGAACGAACGCAUCGACUCGGGUCAAGCGCGUCUUUUCAUCGUGCAUGCGAUUCCCGCUCAUGCGAUUCCCGCUCAUGCUGACCGCUUCUCCCUGGCGUGUGACUAUUUUUUAAAAGAACCACCAAGUGCGUGGUCGCAGUUAAAACUAAGAAAAAGGCACAAGGAGAUGAACCAAGAUGCUGCUCCUGGCCGAGGACGAAGGCCGCUGAACAAUUCCAAGCGUAUGCGAGUCUGUCGGCACGUCGUAGAGAGGAAUUUUCAACCAGUUUCACAAAUAUCUGUCAUGAGAACGUUGAAGAUGUUUCCAAAAUGGCCUUAUAAAGAAUUUUUUUGAAGAUGUCUUCUCAGAAUAAAAAGGUCAAACUGA